GCGUAUAAGAGGAAGUGCUCCCGCAUCAGCAGAUGAUCGUUUGUUUGUUUCUCUGCCUCUCAAGACAAGAUGCUGUCGAUAUUCGCUUUCCUCGCUUUGGGGGGUUUGGGCUACGCGGCACCCCCUCCAUAUCAGCAGAACGGAGCUUUCGCCACGGCCAAUUCCGGAGGAUUCGGCUUCAAUCCCUUCGCAGCAAUGCUGCCCAUGGACCCUUGGGCCAUGGUCAACAAUUUCAUGCCUCCCAUAAGGAUUCCACAGCCCUGGUAUCAGGGCGAAAACGUGUGCCAGGAUACCAGGACUGCCGAAGAACCAGAAGAGUUGAGAGAAUGGCUAAAUGACGGCUCUUCCAGUGGAGGCGACUCCCAGUUCAAUGUCCAGCAGGAGAGCUGCAAGGGUGGGAAUGAAAAAUACGUCUGCAUUAAGAGGGUGGGUUCCAAUGAAGGAAGUCGAACGAUUGUCACCAAGUUCGAGUGUUGUCCCGGAUACGGCCGUCCAGCAGACUUUAGCCAGCCUGGAUGUGUGCCAGUCGGAGAUCAGAGUGGGAACAUGCCAUGAAGAAAGAAGAGCUGCAGAUUUAUUUAUUUUGUGUAUACAAUUUAUCUUUUGAGAUCUCUUUUCUUGUCGUGUUGUAGAAUAAAUGACUUUUACUGUC